AUGGCGAGUCUGUCCUCAGAUUCAUCUUCCCAAUCGAAGUGGUCUUCGCAAACCGAAAAUUCAUCAACUCUCCAACAACCACUCACCCCUUCCAGUCCGGCCCCAGGCAGUCACACGGUGCCACCUGCUAUGAAACCCCCACACGGCACAUCCAUAGAAGGAGAUCAAGUCAGGUCCACAGGCGAAGAAGACCUCCUCGUGAAUUCCUCCCUGAUGUUCUUCAGCACGCGUCCCGACGCCUCGAGUCUGCACCUGUUAGCCAACACCCCGAAACUCGAACCGCAAGCCCUAGAAAUCCUCCUCAGGAACUGGAAACCCGGCGGCGAACACCUGCGAUACCUUCACCACUUUGUGCAGAGCAGCACUUGCUGCACCGCCAUCCCAGUUAUGAACUGGACGCGCUGGUGGGGCACGGACGAGACGCUCUUCGACCUCGUAGAUAAUUUCGUGGGCGAGGAGGAGCGGACCCUCGUUACGAGAACCCUGCUGAGCGCAGAUAUGAAAUUCCAACUCGAUUUCACGCGCCUGCGCGCUUCGUGGGCUGAUUCUUGGCGGUCGGCGUGUCGGCAGCAUAGAUGGGCGGAUGCGAAAGAGCACUUGCUUGGGUUCAGAGUCAACACUCUUCUGAAAGACAGCGCGCUUUCGGUGGUGGCGGAGCAUUUUCUACAAAGACGACAUAGAGCGCUGGAGACGUGGAGGAUAGGCAGCAGUAGGAGCUUGGAGGGUACGCCUCAGGUGUUCCCGGUUGAGGGUCGAGAUGAGUUUUUGGGCAUCUUGAGAGAUUGCCGGGAAAUGCGCCUUGAUGUUGCCAAGUCUUGUACAGGGGGCGAAAACGGAUGA